CCACGUUCUUAGUGGUCCCGAGGAACGGUACCCCCCGAUCGAGAAGUUGGCGCUCGCCCUCGUGCUAUCCGCCCGGAAGCUAUGCCCCUAUUUCCAAGCUCACCUGGUGGAGGUGGUUACAGACCAGCCGCUCCGGCUGGUCUUGUCUAAGUUCGAUGUUGCAGGACGGCUCCUCAAGUGGGCGGUGGAGCUCGGCGAACAUGACGUUCAAUACGUACCCAGGACGGCUAUCAAAGCCCAGUCCGUGGCCGACUUCAUCGCGGAGUUAACCCAGGACGGGAGUGGGAGCCUCACGCAACCUCCCGAGGCCUGGGUCCUGCACGUCGACGGAUCAGCCAACUCAAAGGGUGCUGGCGCAGGGCUGGUGCUCCAGGCCCCCGAUGGGCGGACAUUCGAGCGUUCCCUCCGCUUCGGGUUCCGUGCCACUAACAACGAGGCGGAGUACGAGGCACUCUUGGCAGGACUCAGAUUGGCCCUCGAGAUGCAGGUGGACGUCCUUCACGUCCUCACGGAUUCCCAGCUGGUGGCCGAGCAACUUAGCGGAGGAUACGAAGCCCGCGACCCAACCAUGGCGAAAUACCUGGCACAGGUGAGGGGCUUAACCGCAAAGUUCCAUCACUUUACAUUGUCUAAUGUCCCAAGGGGAGAGAACGAGCGCGCAGACACGCUGGCUAAGCUAGCCUCAAAACCUGCUCCCGAAGUCGGACCGGAGGUCGAGGAGCUCCCCGCCCGCGCCAUCGAGGUCGCGGUCACGACUACCGGCAACGCGACCUCCUGGGUACAAGAACUACUACGCUUCAAACGGGACGGGGUCCUUCCGCCCGACAAAGCAUCAGCCCGACGCCUGCUUCGCACACAGACGUGGUAUAUCGAGGCAGGCGGAUGGCUCUACAAGCGGUCUUUCUCGUACCCCCUCCUGCGGUGCCUGGAACCCGACGAGGCGCAAACCGUCCUAGCAGAGGGUUUAGACAUCCUCGGGCCUUUUCCUUUAGCCGCCGGACAGCGGAGAUACCUCAUCGUCGGCGUGGACUAUUUUACAAAGUGGGUCGAGGCCGAACCAUUGGCGACGAUCACGGCGCAGCAAGUAGAGAAGUUCGUAUGGAAAAAUUUGAUUACUCAGUUCGGCCUGCCCACAACCAUCAUCACAGAUAACGGGCCCCAGUUCGCCGGUCAGAGAUUUCGGGAGUUCUGCGCGAGACGCGGAAUCCGCCUGAAGCACUGCUCGGUCGCUCACCCUCAGACGAACGGGCUAGCAGAGGUGACCAACCGGUCCAUUCUAGACAGGCUCAAAAGAAGGGUAUCCGCGGCUCGGUCGACCUGGACGGACGAGCUCCCGAGCGUACUAUGGGCGCUACGUACCACUCCAAAAACAGCAACGGGGGACUCCCCGUACAGUCUCGCAUUCGGAACCGAAGCGGUCCUUCCCCCCGAGGUAGCCAUUGCCACCCUCCGAACAAAAAGCUAUGACGAGGAAGCAUCGGGCGAAGGACUCCGAGCCGCUCUCGACUUACUGGAAGAGCGACGCGCAGACGCGCAUGUGAGGGCCCUCUCCUACAAGAGGGCGGUCGCAAGGGUUUACAACCGAAAGGUACGACCUUGA